UGCCAGUGCAGUGGGCAGGUCCUGUCUGGGCUGCCCGUGCCCGGCCCCCUCACUGCGCCUGCGCACUCCCCACAUUCCAGCAUGGCGCUGCAGCCCGGCAGUGGAGGAGCUGCGCACUGAGAUUGCAGCGGCCCCCGGGGGACACACACCGCACGGAGCGACGGAAGACAACCGGACACCGGGGCGAUCGGCUCUCACCCCCUACUCACUGCACACAGGAGGUGGAUGUGAACAUCUGUCGAUGAAUGAUCAUUUCAGCCAUGAUGGCCGACCAGCCUCCUCCAUUGGAAGCUACGCCUUUAAUGAAUGAAGUUUCACUUGUACCUCACAUGGUGAAUGGCGACAGCACCCAACAGCCUCUGUAUUUGCAGGUGAUCGUGGUGCAAGUGAACCCCGGGGAGACCUUCACCAUCCGCACAGAAGAUGGACACUUUCAGUGUAUCCAAGGUCCAGCACAUGUUCCCAUGAUGUCGCCAAAUGGGUCCAUGCCUCCAAUAUUUGUGCCUCCUGGUUAUGUGUCUCAGGUCGUGGAAGAAAAUGGAGUGCGCAAAGUGUUGGUCUUGCCUCAUUCGACAGAGUUCCAUCCAUCGAUGCACCCUCCGCCACCUCACGUUACCCACUUUAUGCACCAUCACCCCGCCCUGCUCCCUCACCCCCCGCACCAUGUGUACCCACCAGUGCCUGGCACAGGAGAGCUGCCUCCUCAGUUUAUACAUCAGCACCCACCACCCCCACCACACAUUUUCCAGGAACAAGAGCUGCGGUCACAUGGGAGGAUGAACUUCCAACAGAGAGACGAGCGAAGCAUGAAAGUGCAAGAGCAACUCCGGAAAAAAUUAAAAGACCGCCAGAUUAGCACCCACAACAACAACAAGCUGCACAGUCCACCCUCCUCCCCGCACAAAGCUCACAAUGCUGCCAAUUCACACAUGCAGAACGGAUAUACCAAGGGUCAACACCUCACAGGGGGGCCUAUCAAACUGAAGCAAGCCGCCAGAAUACGGGGCAGUCCGCCUGCAGAGAACGAGGCUGGAGAUGGAGAAGCCGAACCGAAAAGGCUACAAGAUUUAAGUCCCAGCAUGGCCAAGCCAGUUGUUUCCAACUUGGAAGCAAGGUCUGCUGUGUUGUCCUGGAGCGUGCAGAUCACCUCCCCGAACCGGGAGAGCCCCACAAGCCAUUUACCAGGGUCAUUCAUGUACGAGGUGACCGUAUCCAAUAGUGGCAAAAACGGAAAGUUCAAGCCAGCUUACUCAGGAGACACUGCAACGUGCACGCUCACAGACCUGCGGCCAGCAACAGACUACCAUGUACGAGUUACUGCCACGUGUCCACCUCUAGAGGGUUCCAUCUCUGAAUUAGUGAGUUUUACCACGGAAAGCUGUGAGCCGGAUUCACCAGCGCCGCCAAAGCUCACCAAUAGAAGUCGGAACUGUCUAAACCUGCAGUGGAAGGCGUCUAACGAUAACGGAUCCAAAAUCAAUGGCUACCUUUUGGAAUGGGAUGAGGGGAGGCAUGGACCCUAUAAAGAAUGCUACUUCGGUCACCUUAAGCAAUACAAGUUAACAAAGCUGUCUCCAUCCACAAAGUAUGCCUUUAGAAUAGCAGCCAAAAAUGACAUUGGGAUGAGUGGGUUCAGCGAUACAGUGGUAUACUACACAGCAGGGAGCGUACCGCCUGCGCCCUCACCGCCAAGGCUUAGGCAAGCUGGUAUAACCUGGCUCUGUUUAGAAUGGAGUCCACCGAAUGAUAUGCCCUCAGAUGAAACACUAACUUAUGUCCUGGAAAUGGAAGAGGAGGGUUCGGGUUAUGGUUUCAAACCUAAACAGAACAGUGAAGACCUUACAUGCACUUUAAGAAAUCUGAGAAGGAAUACUUCAUACAAGUUUAGGGUCUUUGCAGUAAACAGUGAAGGCAGAAGUAGUCCGAGUGAUAUUGUAGAAUACACAACUUCCCCUGAUAAGCCCGGACCACCCUGUAAGCCAAGUACAAAGGGCAAAAUCCAUGCACACAGCGUAAAAGUCACGUGGGAUGCCCCAAAAGACAAUGGAGGAUCAGAAGUUAUUAAAUACUUCCUUGAAAUGGCAGAAAACAUAAAUGGGGGUAAAUGGGAGACGGUGUACAGUGGGCCUUCUAAAGAACACGUGUGCGAUCAUCUCAAGCCUGGUACUUCCUAUAGGUUCAGGGUGUUUUGCGCCAAUAUAGUCGGCUCCAGUCAGGUUUCGGAUGUAUUAACAGUCCAGACAGGCAUUGUUCCUCCAGGUCCUUGCCACCCCCCUCGUUUAGCUGGAAAAGCCAAAUCCAAGGAGUUAAAUCUGCAGUGGGAUGCUCCGGAUGUAGAUGGCGGCUCGGCAGUAACGUCAUAUACCGUAGAGAUGGCACAAUUGGAGCAAGAAGAUCGAGGUUCUGUCUAUCAAGGUCCUGACCUGGAGUGCACCGUGAGCAACCUGCUGCCUGGCCAGACCUACUGCUUCUGGAUAAGGGCUUCCAAUAAAGCUGGGUGUGGCCCUUCUUCAGAAGUAUCAGAGUUCUGCACAGCACCCGGACCUCCCGAAAGAUGCAAAAUACCACUGUUAAUAUGUAAGAGUGCAAACUGUGUGCUAUCUACCUGGGAGGUUCCUGGAUGUAAUGGAGCAGAAAUCACGGAAUAUCGGUUAGAGUGGGGCAGGGCGGAAGGAUGUAUGCAGGUCAUCUACACAGGCUCCUCCUCAAGCUACGAGAUCAAGGGUCUCACGCCGGCAACUACGUACUUCUGUAGAGUUCAGGCUGUUAACAUUGCCGGCACUGGGAUGUUCGGGGACACCGCAGUCAUCACCACGCCAGCGUCUGUACCUGCAGCGGUAACUGUGCUGCAGGCUGUGGAUGAAGAGCUCCUGGAAACUCCUUUAUCCUCACCGUCUGAGUGCCUUGCUCUUCAGUGGAAGGAGCCAUGCUGCAAUGGGGCAGAGAUCACUGGGUACACCAUAGAGUAUGGAGAAAAGCAGCAGAUUACAGUAGACUCUGCCACUAGCUGUGUUCUUACAAAUCUGGUCCCUGACCGCACUUACAGGAUACGAAUUCAGGCCAUAAACAGCUUUGGAGCAGGUCCUUUUAGUCCAUCUAUUAAAGCCAAAACCAAGCCGCCUCCUCCCAAUCCUCCACAUCUGGAAUGUGUGGUCUUCAGUCACCAGAGCCUUAAGUUAAAAUGGGGGGACGGGACAAGUAAAGCUUUAGCUACAGAAACAUCGCUCUACAAUCUACAGAUGGAAGAUAAGCUCAGCAGGUUUUUUACCAUCUACAGUGGACCAUGUCAUACGUACAAGGUGCAAAGGUUGAAUGAAUCAACUACAUACAACUUCAGAAUCCAGGCGUACAAUGAAGCAGGGGAAGGGCCAUUUUCUGAAGUCUACAGUUUUGCUACAACCAAAUCUCUGCCAGCUGCAUUGAAAGCGCCCAAAGUACAACAGAUUGAUGGCAAUUUGUGUGAAGUAUCUUGGGAGACUGUGCUGCCGAUGAGGGGAGAUUCAAUUGUUUACAUCCUUCAAUUUACCAAUGGGAGAGAGUUUGAUCAGGUAUACAAAGGAACAGACACCUCAUUCACCUUGGCAAACUUUCAAACAAACUGUGAAUACCGGUUCCGAGUUUGUGCUGGACGGCAAUACCAUGAUUCCAAUGGAUUACAAGAAUUGUUUGGCCCUUACAGCCCCAGCACCAUAUUUUCAUCUCAAAGACCAGAGUUGGAUUUGCCGUGUGUUAAUGCUGCAUUGGAGGCCGCGAAAAGCAAAAGGAAGCCUCUCAGCGACGAGCAGUUUGCCAUCUUGCUCCUCAUGAUGUUCGCGGUGGUGGCCUUCCUCUUUGCCGUCGUCAUCCAGUACUUUGUCAUUAAGUAGAUUUUUUUUUUUUUUUUUUUAAAUGCCCUGUUCCUGAUAUUUUCCAUACAAUUUUUUUUUUCAAUAUUUAUGUUUAAUUAUUCUAAUUAAAUUUAUAGAUGGAAAUGAUUGUAUUAUAUAUAAGUGCAUUUCCAUUCUUGCUGCUCAUUCAUCAAGAGGCUGGAUUAUAGUAGAAUCCUCCUGUAUGUGGAACAUAAGACAUCAUGAAACUCUUAGAAAGGGAACUUCAAUCCUGUGUUUCUAGGGCCCGUGGUGUUUAAUGCCUUAAUACACUUUUAAAGGUCAAGACGGUGCUGUUCGUUUAUGUAAUGGACCAUUCGCUUUAAAAGCAUGUCCCUUUUUUAAAUGUUCAGCUUUGCAUGUGGUAGCUCCCGGUAUGGAUGAUGAUUGUUACCCAAGUGUCCGUUUUUUUUUCUUACUGACUUUGUGGCCUUCAUGGAGACGCAUAUCUUAAUCAUAAGUGGCGCCAUUGUGAAAUAAGAUUUGGUGGCAUGUACAAAGAUAUACUCUAUAUUUUAGGGAUAUAGGAUAUGUUGGAGUGCUGAUCUGCAAGGUCGCUUUACUACUGUUUGUACUGUUGACGGUGGAUUUCGGCACAGAACACAGACAAGUGAUGAUCAAAACUGAGCUUUUUUUUUUUUUUUUUUUUAAAUAUAUAUAAAUAAUAAAUUCCAACAUAAAAAUAUGUUGUUAUGGAAUUUGAUGUAAAGUCCAGACUGAUAAUUGUAUCAAUUAUAGGGUCAUCUGAGAAGGGCUAAGUCCGGUAAAGGUUUUCUUCCUAUGUGGCAUGCCAUGACCAUCCAGGAGCUAAGACCCCACUGAUCUGAAGAUCUAGCUCGGUGUUUCCCAACCAGGGUGCCUCCAGCUGUUGCAAAACUACAUCUCCCAGCAUGCCCAGACAGCCUUCGGCUGGAGGCGCCCUGGUUGGGAAACGCCGAUCUAGCUCAUACCAAUACCUGGUGGAGAGGUAGCUUCACAAUCAAUAAUCCCUCAAAGAGGUUUUGCCCCAAUAAACACUUAUAUCAAAAACAGAGUGUAAAAGAUAGCCAUCUACAGGCUCGGCUGUUUUUCACACUCCCAUAGACAAUGAAUAAUGCGUCAGUCAAGUAUGCAAACUGUCGCUCUAUUCAGAUGGUAGAUUCAGGAGUUUCGAUCUCUGGAUUGCUGAGGGUCCAAGUGGUUUAAAGGAGAUGUCCGGUGCAGACU